AUGACUCAUAUCACUACUGGAGAUUCCUAUGAUGAUGUUGCAAGGAUGCUCGAAGUUAUGGAGCCCCUUAUGAGCAGAUCAUUCCCCAAUCCCAGGGUGGCCAAAGUUGUUGAUCAUCUUUCAGGUAGUGUUAGCAAAGAGUAUGAGCACACUCAUCUGGACAACCAGGUGUCCAGUUUGGACCAGGGUUACCAUUUCUCCAAAAAUCCAGCACUAGAUGUCAAUAUUGAUCACAUUGUUCGAGUAGAGUGCCAUGAUAAUAUGUUUGACUCUGCUCUUCAUGCUUGGGAUGCCAUGUUCUAUGAUUCAUUCCCUCUCAAUCCCUGA